AUGGUUCUAACCACCACGUUCAGCCCGGAUCCGUCGUGCUAUGCACCGUCGAAUCUGUGGCUCGGCGGCAACAACAACUAUGGAUGUGGCACAUACUAUGAACCAUUCGCGUCCCGACCGACCGCCGCGGUCUCAGUCCAUGACUGCGCCUUUCCCCGCCUGGGCCCUAAUACCGUCGGCCCGGAUUCACGGAGCGCGUAUGACUGCUAUCAGAACAACCCUUACACCAGUGCCUAUACGGCGUACAGCGACUGCCCGGAGGGCAUGACGGGCGUGGACACGAAGACUACCGCGUGGGCUUAUGGACUGACAAUUGUUGGUACGACCUGCUGUCCGACUGCCUAUGACUUUGUGGGUCCCGAUUUCACGCCGACUGCGCUCCCCAGCGUCAUUCAUGGCACCACCUUCCCGGUCACCUUUCCCACGGCGGGCAUGUGCAAGGCUACGUCGAUCCAGAGCCUGUCCGACCAGACGGUGACCUUGACGGCUACCGCUUCCCCGCUCUCCACAACCGAAAUCGCCUGGGACUACGACAACGGUUUCCUCGUGGCCGAACCGGCCCGGAUCUACCAGACCCUCUACCCGGACAUCGAACCGGGCACCACCUCGACCUGCUGGGGCCGUUGCCCGAGCCAGAGCUGGUCCUCCACCGGCCCUGGCCCAACCCCCGCGCCCACGGGUACCUACGUCCCGCCCCCGUCCGCGGCCGUCACCCAAUUCGCCCCGGCCCCGACCUGCCUGGACGAAUCCAACCUCUGGAUCAUCUCUGCCAGCUGCUACCUCAACGACGGUGGGCCGAUAGCCAGCCCCCCCUGGAUCCAAUGCACCUACACCGAGCUCGGCGCCCCCAACCCGUCCGACUCGGCCUGCUACCAACAAUCCACGGCCACCACCGUCGACAACACCAAGGCCUACUACUCCGACUGUCCGGCGGGCUACACUCCUGCCGCCACCACCCUGUACAAACCCUUCGACCUGCCCCUCUACGAAAGCGUCAAAACCGAAACCUUCGACGUCGUCGUCACUGCCUACACUUGCUGCCCGCAAGCCGCCUCCGUAGUCGACGACGCCGGUUCCGCCCACCCCAUCCCCUUCACCACCACCGACUACGACGGCUUCAAAACCGUCCACGACGGCCAAACCCACAGCGUCUUCAUGUAUGUGGUCCCCCGCUGCGUAGCAACACACAUCUCCGCCCUCGACCACAAAACCGUCACCCUCGGCCUGUACAGCGACGGCCGCGUCUGGGACAAGCGCGAUGUCUCUCCGGCUACCACGGCCCCGGCGGGUCUCGGCAAACGCCAGCUGAACCCGCCGUCGGAACCGUUAGGCACAACGCAGGCCGUCUGGGACGCCGAGCACGAUUUGUUGUUCGCCAACGUCCAACAGGUAUCGUGGACUGUGUUCCACGGAACCUACACGUGCUAUGAAGGGUGUGAUGACUACUUUACGUAUUCGUAUCAUAACACUGAUCCGAAUUACACUCCGUCUACCACUACCACGACUAGCGCUACUACGCCCCCGACAACUACGGGUGGUGGCACGGCGGGCGCUACGGAGAAGUUGCCCGAUACUGUCACGCCUUCGCUGUCCACCGGCGUUGCCGCUCGCGUCUUAGCUCGCGGUGGGACCAGGGGCCCGGUGGCGGGGAUGCCUGCUGUGGCGCUGGUGGUUGUUACUGUGUUGCAGGUUGUUGUGGUUGGGGCUUUGGCUUAA